AUGACGGAAUAUGAAUGUGAUAAAAUUUUCGACUCAAAAACCACCAAAAAUGGCACAAUCAACUCUCCACUUUACUCAGAAUCAGGCUUCUUAACAUGUCGUUACGAAUUUAAGGCAGAGGAACUUGAAAGAGUUCAGAUCAAAUUCUUCGAGUUCAGCUUACCCAAGCAGUCAAAUCGAAGUGAUUGUGAAAAUGCCGAUAUUUUACAAUUAUUUCUGCCUCAACGAAGCCGAUACGAAUUAGAAGAUACAUUUUGUGGGUCAACUAUACCAAAGCCAAUUAUGUCUGAUGGAUCACUUAUGCUUCUCAAAUACAUGAGCCGACGAAUUGGCAAAGGGACUCGUGGCUUUAAGGCUGAAUACAGGUUUCUAAAAAAUUUUGGCAUUACUACUGGAGAACAAAUGUCAACUCACUGUGUUUUCGCGUAUAACAGUUCAGUUGAUAAAACUGGUUGGUUUACAUCUCCAAACUUUCCAGGCUUCUAUCCGAAAAACUUAAAAUGUAAUUACUAUUUCUUUGGACAGCCUGGCGAGCGAGUGAAUAUAAGAUUCACGUAUUUUGAUGUGGAAGGCAUUUAUCCAUGCGAAGACAUCACAGCCAGUGAUUAUGUAGAGUUUUCGAAUUUCAUGAGUACGGAUAGGAAAUUUGCAAAAAUGUGUGGCAAGAAGGACGAAAUCAAUGUUCGAUCGGAUGGACGAUUCUUUCGGAUAUCGUUCAAUGCCAAUGACAGAUUUGAUAAAACUGGAUUUCGAGCUUCGUAUGAGUUUGAGACAAAAAUGGUCACCACCGAGAACACCUCACUUAAGGGUUCACCAUCCAGAGGAUCUCCCAUUUGUUUAACAAGUCUCUUAUGGGCAAUGAUGUCUCUGGUCUUUUCUCAUAUUCACAGCAAUCAUUUGAAAGGGAAUCUCUGA